AAUAAAAUGGCUGCCCCCAUCAGCAACGAGAUUAUAGAUGCGAACAAACACGAUGAUAGUAUUAUCUACAAAAUAGAAGCUACUGUUGUGACUGGGUUUGAGAGAAUAGCAAAGCAGGAAUGUAUUGAAAAGUUUGGCUCAAAUAUAAAUAUUUCUGAAAGACAAGGAAGAGUUAUAUUUGAACUGCCAUUUUCAAAAGUCCAUCUGGCUCUAGACUUGCACUCAGCAGAGAAUGUUUACUUACUUGUACACGAGAUUGAUGACUUCGCAUUCAGUACUGACAAGACAACAGCACUGCUGCAGUUUCGACAGCUAGUCAAGGACAUCGGGCAAGCGCGCUGGAACAACGGUCUUGCUGUCUGGCGGGAAGUGUGCAACUAUGAGCAGUCGGUCUCUGUGCCCGACCUAACACAGAUCGAUAUCAGUGUUACUCACAGUAGCAAUGAUGACCCACACGUUGAGAGCCACCCUGUGUCACCAGGGGCUACUGGAGAGCAGCGAGACAGUGGAGAGAAGAGCAAUGAAGCCACGGAGAUGACGGACGCAGGUGACGGACCGACGUCUGUCCAGUCUGACACCGGGGAUCCAAAAAUGAAAGACGAUCACUCGUGUCAGAACUCGAAACUUGACGACGUCGUCGUAUCCGAUCGGGUUCCACUCGGGGUGCCCAGGUUCAGAGCAACCUGCUACCGAACAGGGAAGCAUCACAGUUUCGGUUCACCCGACGCAGCAUGUGAAUUCGGUGGCGCCAUCAAUGACUUCUUCCGCUGGAAAGUGGACUUGAAAAAUUUCGACAUUGAGGUUGUGCUUAACAUAGAGGAUCAGAGAGGCUAUGUAACCCUCGCUCUGACAAAGGCAACCCUUGGGAAAAGAAACAUCAACCACUUUGGGCCAACGACCCUCAAGUCAACAAUUGCUUACUGUAUGCUAAGAAUGAGCGGCAUCAAAGAUGGUGAUGUAGUCUGUGAUCCAAUGGGCGGUGGUGGAUCCAUUCCAAUCGAGGGGGCCAUCUGUUGGCCGAAUGCACACUUCUUGUGCGGAGACAAUCACGGAAUGGCAGAGUCUCGUGUGCAUAGCAACGUUACCGACAUUAACCAGCAGCGAGCGGAGAAGGAACAGGGGGCGCUGAAGGUGGACAUGUUCAGGUGGGACGUGAAGCGUCUGCCUCUGCAUGACAGCAGCGUGGACGUCUUCAUCACGGACAUGCCAUUCGGAAAACGCAUGGGAAACAAAUUCGACAACCGACGACUCUACCCUCAGGUUCUUACGGAGUUGGCCCGGGUGGCCAGACCGACUACAGGGCGUGCAGUGAUGCUGACACAAGACAAGAAGUGCAUUCAGCAGAGUUUGAUCAGACUGGGAUAUCUGUGGAGGAGAGCAGACACCUGUUGGAUCAACAUUGGUGGCCUGUCUGCUGGUGCAUUUCUACUAUACAGGACAGCAAACAUUGUCAAGUAGCGCCAUCGUUUGUCAGCAUUUAUCAUGAAAUGAGCCACAUGCGAAUGCAGAAACCUGUUCCCACAAGAAAUAGUAGUAAUGAGAGGUUGCUCUGGUAUAUUUUUAUUUAAAAAAAAAUUAUGUUUAACCACCAGGAGAAAUAAGAGGUGGAGGUAAGAUUUAGGUGAUAUAUUUUAAGAGGACAUUUCUCCUGAACUUGCCAUGUACUUUUGUUGUUCAGAUAAUUAGAAAGUUAUUAAAGUUAUACCAGAUCGACAGAUACAAAGAAAACGUACCAUCCACAUUGAAAGUCGAUGUACAAAUAUUGCUGAAUAUUUUUUUGUUUUGUUUAUAACUGUGUUAUCUUUUGUUUGCAUAUACAUGUACAAUCUGUUUCAUUGAGAAAAUGUCAUUUACCAUUACUUGCAGUAUAUUUUUAGCAAUGUAAUGUGCGUACUUCCUUAGUUAAAUCAGUAAACCCAUAUACACGACACAGUAAGAGCUAGUAUUUAUAUACUUUUUUUUUACAUCAUGUAAAAAUAAAUAAAAUUGUACGUGAAACAAUC